AUGGGUUUCUUAACUUUUGAUCCUCGCAAUCCAUUGAGCAACUUCGACAUGCACAUCCUCGGCUUAAAAAUUUGUGGCUUAUUACCUCCUGACGACAAAAAGAAACGUUUUUUGUAUGAAAUUUACUCUUGGUUUUUGGUAAUUUUCUUUCUUUACCUCUUCAUCGUCUCGCAAAUUUUUUAUUUGGCAACUGCCAAGGAUCUGGAUGACUUUGCGAACGCUCUUUAUUUCUUUUUGACGGAAUUGGUGACAAUUCCGAUGCAUUUUCAACUGAAAAAAUCAAUCAAAGUUGCAACGGAUUGCAUUGAAAAACUAAGUUCUGCGCGUUUUUUGUCGCAAAAUGACGUCGAAGAUGGUUUCGUGGCAUGGGCAAUGAUUCGAACGACACUUUUUCAUCGCCCGUCAGUUGGUUUGUGCUUUUUGUGUCUCUUUCAAUGGUCCGUUGCACUCUUUUUGUCGGGCAAUGAGCAAAAUUCUAUCGUUCCUGCGGUGUUUCCGUUCAAUUUUGAGGCUGGAUUUGGGUUUUAUGCGGUUUGGGUUUAUCAACUUUUGGGAGCAGGAUACAGUGCAGUGCUUUAUGCGACAUUUGACACGCUUGUGACGGGAAUAUACUUUCAUGCAACGGCUCAAAUCAAUCGUUUGGGGUAUCAUUUAUCGCAGAUUGGAUAUCAAAAGAAGCAAAAAUCCGAUUCUAAAGGAAAAAAUGGAGUCAUAAUUGUGAAAAAAGCUCCUCCUGCUGAUCGACAAGAACAAAUCAAAGAAGAAUUGAUCGACUCGGCGAUACAUUAUCAGGAAAUUUUGACAUACUGCGAAAAUUUCAUCGAAACAUUUCAACUUGCGAUUUUUAUUCAACUUGGAGUCUCAUUGUUCGUCUUAUGUUUCACUUUAUUUCUCAUCAUGAACGUUGCAGAUGGAGAUAUCAUGGCUUCAACGAAUAUUUUGCCCUAUUUCGUUACAAUAGUUUAUCAAUUAUGGCAACUUAGUUACACGGGGAACGAAUUAUCGCAUGCUUCAAAUAAACUCUCAGAUGCAAUUUAUUUCGCUAAUUUUCUCGAAUUCAACGUUAAAAAUCGAAAAUUAAUGCUUUUGUUUAUGACUCGAACAAUGAUGCCGAUAAAAGUGACAGCGAAGGCUUGUUUCGAGAUAGUUCUCGAUAUAGAAACAUUCAUCGCGAUAAUGCGUGCAAGUUACUCGUAUUGUUCCGUCAUGAAAUCAGUUCAAGGCAAUUAA